AUGCUUUCUAAGGCAAGCUUUAUAGGCCUACUACUUCUCAGCCUCAAGCUGCAACCACUUGCUUAUGCUGCAGUUGCUGAUGACACGACAACCACAGCAGCGGCAGCAGAUACCACGACAACGGCAGAAGCAGCAGCAGCAGCAGCAGCAGAAACUACAGAUACAACUACAGCAGUAGCAGCAGCAGCAGCGGAAACGACUGAUACUACUACAGCAGCAGUAGCAGCAGCAGCAGCAGCGGAAACGACUGAUACAACUACAGCAGUAGCAGCAGCAGCAGCGGAAACGACUGAUACUACUACAGCAGCAGUAGCAGCAGCAGCAGCAGCAGAAACUACAGAUACAACUACAGCAGCAGCAGCAGCAGCAGAAACUACAGAUACAACUACAGCAGCAGCUGCUGCUGCAACAACUGUUGAUACAGCAACAGAGGCUGCAACGACUGCAGAUUCAAGCACUGCAUCAAGCGACUCAGCAGAUUCCACGGCCACUGCCAAUGGUGCCGAAAACGGAGACACGAGCGGUGCCACAAUUGUUGGAACGUGGACAUCAAAGUCGAACGCUGUUUUUACAGGGCCAGGCUUCUAUGACCCAGUUGAUGAACUCUUGAUCGAGCCUGCUCUCACUGGUAUCUCUUACAGCUUUACCGAGGACGGAUUCUUCGAGGAGGCCCUUUACCAGGUGACGCCGAACCCACAGAACCAUUCAUGUGCCGCUGCAGCAUUGAUCUUCCAGCAUGGAACUUACGAGGUGGCCAGCUCGGGCAAGCUUACUCUCACACCGUUUGCCGUUGAUGGAAGACAACUUCUCUCCGAGCCUUGCAGUGAUAAUGGCGUUUCGACAUACUCUAGGUACAAUCAGACCGAGAUUUUCAAGGGCUUCAGUAUCUACGUUGACUCCUAUCAUGGAAGAUACAGAUUGAACUUGGUGGAGAGUAACGGUGAGUACAUGAGACCUCUUUAUUUGGCAUACAGACCUCCGCAGAUGCUUCCGACAAUGACUUUGAACCCUACCGACUCUCCAGACAGCACCACUGUUGUUGGAACUGGCGGUGGCUCUAGUUCUGCAGCAUCUGCAUCUGCAUCUGCAUCUGCUGCAAAAGUGAAAAGAGACGGUGCACGUGUGAUAGGUACAGCAAAGCCAGCUGGCCUUUCUCAAAGGGUGAAAAGAUCACUUCAGAAUAGAUACAGGACAAAUGCCGUCAAGCAGCCUGCCUUCAAUUAUAAUUUUUGGUGGUGGGUUUUUGUGGAUAUGAUUAUUGGAGGCGGCCUACUUUUUGUCUUCGCACAUUGA